CAUCAAUAUUGGCAAUUUUACAAACUUAAGGGUACGAAAGUGCAAACACCAUGUACCCUUGGGUUUGUUAGACAAAUAGACAGAAGACAGUAUAACAUGCCCCGGAUCUUCCGCUUUUAAUCCGGCAGGAUCCAAACAAGAGAUCUCCAACGGUGUCGUAUCACAUCAUCUUCAAUACUUCAACCAUCCGCAACUCUGGAUUUUGGCAUUUUGCUCCGCAAAACACACACACACACCCCAAAAGCACAUAGUAAUGAUGGGACUAUGAGAUUAGAGAUCCAUCUGAAUCCCAUUUAUUGUCGGAGAGUGUGAUGCAGUGAAAAAAACAAGGAUUUUUUUUGGAGCUUCACCUAUUUUUUUCAUGGGGUUUUUGAGAUUUUGUUGGUUUAUAUCAACCAUCAUUGUUUUCUUCAGUAACCCUACUCCGGUAGCUGCCGGUGACAUUGUUCAUGAUGACAAAUUUGCUCCGAAGAAGCCUGGUUGUGAGAAUGACUUUGUGCUGGUAAAAGUUCAAACAUGGGUUGAUGGUGUUGAAGGUGCUGAGUUUGUUGGCGUUGGUGCUAGAUUUGGAACUACAAUUGUAUCCAAAGAGAAAAAUGCAAACCGCACUAACCUUACUCAAUCAGUCCCUCAUGAUUGUUGUACUCCACCAAAGAACAAGCUUACUGGUGAUGUCAUCAUGGUGACACGUGGUCACUGUAAAUUCACAACAAAGGCAAACAUUGCACAAGCUGCUGGUGCUUCAGCAGUCCUUAUUAUAAAUAACCAAAGAGAACUGUACAAGAUGGUUUGUGAGUCUGAUGAAACUGAUCUAGAUAUACACAUCCCAACAGUCAUGCUUCCACAAGAUGCUGGUGUGGAGUUAGAGAGAUUGUUAUCCAAUCGUUCAUCAAUUUCUGUGCAGUUAUACUCACCACGAAGACCAGUGGUUGACAUAGCCGAAGUAUUUCUAUGGCUGAUGGCAGUUGGUACAAUCUUGUGUGCCUCUUAUUGGUCUGCAUGGAGUGCCAAUGAAGCAGCUAUAGAACAUGAUAAAUUACUAGAGGAUUUUUCAGAGGAGCUCUCAAAUACAAAACUUGUUGGUACAAGUGGUAUUGUGGAAGUGAAUACAAAGUCAGCAGUCUUGUUUGUGAUUGUUGCUUCUUGCUUCUUGGUUCUUCUUUACAAGUUAAUGUCCGCAUGGUUUAUAGAACUUUUAGUGGUCAUCUUCUGCAUAGGAGGGGUUGAGGGAUUGCAAACGUGCAUAGUUGCUUUGCUAUCAAGGUGGUUCAAACAUGCUGCACAACCUUCCAUCAAAGUAGCAUUCUUUGGAGCUGUUUCAUGUCUGACCUUGGCUGUUUUGCCUUUCUGCAUAGUCUUUGCUGUUCUUUGGGCAGUGUAUCGUGACUACAAGUUUGCAUGGAUCGGACAAGAUAUCCUCGGAAUUGCGCUCAUAAUUACAGUUCUUUCAGAUUGUUCAUCAUUGCUAUACAUUGUUCCUUUUACUCUAGGGACCUUUUUGUCCUUGGGAAAGAAGAGAGGGGAUCUUGGAAUUCUAUGAUCUAGUCCACCAACAACCUUCGGUGCAUCGAUUUGUUACUACACCAUCCGAUCUGUUAUCUCGUCGGAAUCCAAGUCGGCACCGACAUCGCCAUCUAGAUCUGUUAUUUCUACACCACAUGCACCAGAUCCAUUGAUUACAUCUUCCUCUUUCAUCUCUAUAUCUGUGAUUUAUGUCGGUAACUGCACCACCAAUGAUGACGACAACACCACGGACGAUAGGCGAGGCCAGAUUCACUAUUCCGACGAGCGGCUAUGUCAUAUCAAAAAUUAG